CCCUAAAAAGACAAAGCACAAGCCAAAAGAUCGUCUGAAAUCCUACAUGGAGAAGAUAGAGCACUCCACGGUGACCACCAACGGCAUAAAAAUGCACGUGGCAUCGCUCGGCUCAGGCCCGGAAAUCCUCUUCUUGCACGGCUUCCCUGAGCUCUGGUACUCGUGGCGGCACCAGCUCGUAUCGCUGGCAUCCCUCGGCUACCGCUGCUUGGCUCCCGACCUCCGUGGCUACGGUGACACCGACGCGCCUCCCUCGGCGGAUUCCUACACCGUUCUCCACAUCGUGGGGGAUCUGGUGGGCCUCCUCGACGCCCUUGGCGUGGACAAGGUGUUCUUGGUCGGGCAUGAUUGGGGUGCGAACAUCGCUUGGCAUUUUUGCCAGUUGAGGCCUGAUAAAGUCAAAGCUUUGGUCAACAUGAGCGUCGCUUAUCGUCCUCGGCACCCCACGGUGAAGCCUGUUGACGGGAUGAGGGCUCUGUUUGGUGACGAUUUUUAUGUUUGCAGGUUUCAGGAACCCGGUGAGACGGAAGAGGAUUUUGCGCAGAUGGAUACUGCAAAACUGUUCCAGAUAACUCUCGGAUCUCGCAAUCCACGACCACCUUGUAUACCUAAAGAAAUAGGGUUUAGAGGGAUGCCUGUUCCUCCAUUGCCCUCUUGGCUUUCACAAGAUGACAUCAAUUACUUUGCCUCCAAAUUCAACCACAAGGGAUUUACAGGACCACUCAACUACUAUCGAGCUUUGAAUCUAAACUGGGAGCUGAUGGCACCAUGGAGUGGAGUACAAAUCCGAGUACCGGUUAAGUUUUUAGUUGGCGACCUGGACAUUACCUACAACCUCCCCGGCAUGAAGGACUACUUACACAACGGUGGGUUCAAGCAAGAUGUGCCUUUCUUGCAGGAAGUAGUAGUGAUGGAAGGAGUAGCCCAUUUUAUCAACCAAGAGAAACCUGAGGAGAUUAGCAUGCACAUUUAUGACUUCAUUAAGAAGUUCUGACUACUAUAAGGUAGGGUGUUAAGCCAUUGCACGGAGAAAUUAUUUCAUUAACCCUCAUCGUACCUGUAGUCUCAACCGGUAAAAAUCACUCAUCUCACCCUUUUUUCAUGUCAUUAAUUUAAACGAGUGGUUUUUAGUGGGUGGGAUCGUGAAUGGCGUGAUGAGAAUGGUUCAUAUAAUAAUUUCAUCAUUGCAAGGAGCCUACUUUUGCUACAUUUGAUGCUUUCCUUGUAUUACCAUUUCUGCAAUGCUUUGUUUUUGCUUAUGGAACUCAAUGUUGGUUAUGAUUAAAUAUAAGCAUGGUUUAGGUCAA